AUGUGUGUGUGUGUGCAUGUAGGUAAUUCAGCUCACAGCUCCAUCAGGCUGGUUGGUUCUGGGGGAGACUGUGCAGGAAGGCUGGAGGUUUUCCACAGCGGCUCAUGGGGGACAGUGUGUGAUGACUUGUGGGAUAUUGAGGAUGCUCAGGUGGUCUGUAGACAGCUGCAGUGUGGAGUGGCCCUCAGUGCGCUGGUACCAGCUCAGUUUGGACCUGGAACUGGACCCAUAUGGCUGAAUGAGGUGGAGUGUGAGGGGAACGAGACGUCUCUGUGGAACUGCAGAUUUCAUCUGUGUGGAGAGGAUGAAUGUGGACACAAGGAGGAUGUUGGGGUCGUGUGCUCAGAGUUUAAAGAGUUCAGACUCACUGAGGGCUGUGAGGGGAAUCUGGAAGUGUUCUACAAUGGAACCUGGGGAAAUGUGUGUGUAAAUGAGAUGACUGGAGAAACAGCAAGUUUGAUUUGUCAAGAGAUGAGCUGCGGAAGAUCUGGCCAUGAACAGGGUGUCAGAGCAAAGGUGGAAUCAGCUCCUAACUGGCUGGAUAAUAUGCAAUGUCGGAAACAUGACUUCACUCUGUGGCAGUGUCCAUCUUCACCCUGGGGACACAACAAGUGUGACAGUCACAGUGAGGUGGCUCACAUUACUUGCUCAGGAGAAGAAAAUCAUCUUGUGCUACAAAGCCAUCUGUCUUCAUUUCCCCACCAGAAACAGCGUUCAAGACCUGCCUCUCAGGCUGAGAGGAACUGA